CAGGAGGCAGGGGCGAAGGGGAAGGAAAGAGGAUUUGGGCUGGGGGCGGGGCUUGCGGCACAGCGUGGCUUCUGAUUGCUGGAGUGCGGCUGCCAAUCUCGCAGACUCGCUCGGUUAACCAGUGCGCUGGCGAGACGCGCUCAGAUAUACUGAGCGAGCCCUGGGAAGCAGCCUCAGAUCCUGACGGUGCAGCAACCCGCAGCCUCAGCCAGGGAGUCCCAGCCGCUUUCAAUGGAGGAGAAGCCCGGCCAGCCACAGCCUCAGCACCAUCACAGCCACCACCAUCCGCACCAUCACCCCCAGCAGCAGCAGCAGCAGCAGCAGCCGCACCACCACCACCAUUAUUAUUUCUACAACCAUAACCACAACCACCACCACCACCAUCAUCACCAGCAGCCUCACCAAUACCUGCAGCAUGGAGCCGAGGGCAGCCCCAAGGCCCAGCCAAAGCCGCUGAAACAUGAGCAGAAACACACCCUCCAGCAGCACCAGGAAACGCCGAAGAAGAAAACAGGCUAUGGUGAACUAAAUGGUAAUGCUGGAGAAAGAGAAAUAUCUUUAAAGAAUCUGGGUUCUGAUGAAGCUAAUAGCCCUAUUUCCAGGGUCCUCAAUGGCAACCAGCAAGUUGUAGAUACUAGCCUGAAACAGACUGUAAAGGCCAGCACCUUUGGGAAAACAGGAAUUAAAACCAAGAAUUUCAUUCAGAAAAACAGUAUGGACAAAAAGAAUGGGAAGUCCUAUGAAAAUAAAUCUGGAGAGAACCAGUCUGUAGAUAAGACUGAUACUAUAGCAAUUCCAAAUGGUGUUGUAACGAAUAAUUCUGGCUAUAUUACUAAUGGUUAUAUGGGUAAAGGAGCAGAUAAUGAUGGUAGUGGAUCUGAAAGUGGAUAUACCACUCCUAAAAAAAGGAAAGCUAGGCGCAAUAGUGCCAAGGGUUGUGAAAACCUUAAUUUAGUGCAGGACAAAAUAAUGCAACAAGAGUCCAGUGUCCCAACCUUAAAACAAGGACUUGAAACUUUCAAGCCUGACUAUAGUGAACAAAAGGGAAAUCGAGUAGAUGGUUCAAAGCCCAUCUGGAAGUAUGAAACUGGGCCUGGAGGCGCAAGUCGUGGAAAACCUGCUGUGGGUGAUGUGCUUCGGAAAAGCUCAGAUGUUAAACCUGGUGCGAGCAACAAAAAGUUUGAUGAUCGAUCCAAAGGAAAGCAUGCUUCAGCUGUUGCCUCCAAAGAGGACUCUUGGACACUAUUUAAACCACCCCCAGUUUUUCCAGUGGACAACAGCAGUGCUAAAAUAGUUCCUAAAAUAAGUUAUGCAAGCAAAGUUAAGGAAAACCUCAACAAAACCAUACCGAACUCGUCUGUGUCACCAUCUUUAUCUUCAUCCUCUUCGUCAUCUACUGGGGAAACUCAGACCCAAUCUUCAAGUCGGUUAUCCCAGGUUCCUAUGUCAGCGCUGAAAUCUGUUACUUCUGCCAGCUUUUCUAAUGGGCCUGUUUUAGCAGGGACUGACACGAGUGUAUAUCCUUCAGGGGGCCAGCCACUGCUAACUACUGCUGCUAGUACUCUAACAUCCAUUUCUUCUGGGACUGAUUCAGUUCUCCAGGACAUGAGUCUAACUUCAGCAGCUGUUGAACAAAUUAAGUCUAGCCUUUUUAUCUACCCUUCAAAUAUGCAAACUGUGCUGUUGAGCACAGCACAAGUGGAUCUGCCCUCUCAGACAGAUCAGCAAAACCUGGGGGAUAUCUUCCAGAAUCAGUGGGGUUUAUCAUUUAUAAAUGAGCCCAGUGCUGGCCCUGAGACUGUUACUGGGAAGUCAUCAGAUCAUAAAGUGAUGGAGGUGACAUUUCAAGGAGAAUAUCCUGCCGCUUUGGUUUCACAGGGUGCUGAAAUAAUUCCCUCAGGAACUGAGCAUCCUGUGUUUCCCAAGGCUUAUGAGCUGGAGAAACGGACUAGUCCUCAAGUUCUGGGUAGCAUUCUAAAAUCUGGGACUAUUAGUGAGAGUGGAGCCUUAUCUUUGGAACCCAGUCAUAUAGGUGACCUGCAAAAGGCAGACACCAGUAGUCAAGGUGCUUUAGUGUUUCUCUCAAAGGACUACGAGAUAGAAAAUCAAAAUCCUCUGGCCUCUCCUACGAACACUUUGUUAGGCUCCUCCAAAGAACAGAGAUACCAGAGAGGCCUAGAAAGAAAUGAUAGCUGGGGUUCUUUUGACCUGAGGGCUGCUAUUGUAUAUCACACUAAAGAAAUGGAAUCUGUUUGGAAUUUGCAGAAGCAAGAUCCCAAAAGGAUAAUCACUUACAAUGAAGCCAUGGAUAGUCCAGAUCAAUGAAGGACCAGACUGCCUAUUUGCAACCUUUCUGCAGCAUUAGAGCCACCGUUCAUGGGGGACGCAGGCUUUUAUGCUCCUAGAUCUUCAACGCAGCAGAGGAACCAUAAGUAGAAUCACAGGAUAAUAUAUACAAAUAUAUAUAUAUACAUAUAUAUAUAUAGUUAUUUAAAAAAAGGCAACUGAAAGUAAUUAGACUUCUUAAGGAAUCAAAUUUAUUUCAAGAGACUACACAUGGUUAUUUAAUCUCCGGUACUGAAUAGUUUUUGUUUUUGUUUUUUUUUUCUUUCUUUUGUUUUUGUUUUUAAGUGUGAAUGCAAGUGAUUAAUGAAUACAGACUUAACAAGUGUGGUUCUAAAGUUCCUGCUGUCAUCAACUUGGGCAACAAAUGACCCACUGGAAAGGCAAAUCCACGUAAAAGAUCUCUGUAUUUUGUUCUGUGACUAAAGUGAUACACUAAUCACGGGGAACCCAGAAUGAUUCAACAUUUUCCCCCCACUCCUCCUUUGAUCUUUUGGUUUUACUUUAAACCCUGCGAGAAUGUUGGAUAAAUGCCUUGAAGUUUGCAGGGGUGUAUUUUUUUAGCGAAUAUGAUUUGCAUGUCUCGCCAGGAGUUAAGCAGCCUCUAUGGGUUGUUAGGGGAAUAUUUUCUUUCCUUUUAUUUUUUGUGGGGUGGGGAUAAGGGAGGGCCUUGAAGUUCUAUAAUUCUGGAAUAGUUGGUGGUACAUAGUUAAACUUGGCUUUGGUUACCUAUUGGACUAUAACAACUGAAGAAUCCAUGAGUGUCAUUUUUUAAAAGUUGCAGAACAAGCAAUUGGUUUGGAUAUUCAAUAUGGAAAAAUUUUCCUGUGCCCAUAUUUUAAUGUAAUUGUAUAACUGGGAGCAAAAAAUAUAAUCUGCUUUCCAACUGUAGGUGCUCCAGACUUGCUCUCUGUCACUAACACUAAAUGUGCUGUUUCCCUUGUUUUUCAUCAAACAUCUAGGAGAAAUUUCUGUACUUUCUGUAAAUUCUCUUUUAAUUUCUCAGCAAAAUCUAAAAGGGGAAGAAAAAUGUCCAUAAAAACUAAAACGUCAUGUUUUUAGCCAGUGAGGAGGUAAUAAACCUUGCCUGUAGAAGGUGUGUUUUCAUGCAAACUAUACUUCUGAGCUUAUUAGCUUCUAGUUAUAUCUUAAUAAAUAUAUUUUAGUACUAGAGCAAAAUGGGUUUUUAAGGAAAAUAAUGUGAAAUUCUGGAAAUUUUCUUUUGGGUAGAGAAGAGCAUUAGCCCUGUCUCAUCAUCACAUUACCAUCCUGUUGCACUGCAGCUUGUGUAUAGCAUGCUAAAAUAAAUUUAUUUGUGUGUGUGCAGAAAUUAAGGGUCCAAUUAAGAUUGGUAUGUUAGUGGCAUAAUAACAAGUUGUCUGGCCUGACAUAGCAUCACAUUACACACAUACAUACGCACGCACACACACACAGAAAUUAGUAUAUCCAUGUAUGUCAAAUACAGGUUAAAAUAGCAGGGCAUUUAUAUAAAGAGUUGUAGUCUUCUAAUAAAAGUAGGCUGAAUCCCCUGGGGUAUGUGGGGAGAAAGUAACUACUUUUGCUCUACCCCUUUGCUUAAGGAAUUGUCCAGUUUUGAGCGACUGGUAGUAUGGAUGGGUUUUUGUUUUUGUUGAUUAUUUGAUACUUUUAACAAGUAGUUCAUGAAAGAAGCUGUUGGACUCAACAUAGAGUAGAGAAAAUAUCUUUUUAGUCUGGAUUUCUGCCCUGCUUAGAUUUUAAAAGUAUAAGCAUGGAUUGCCAAUUCCACUUGAUGUAAACAAAACUUUUUUAUACAUAAUAUAUAUAUAUAAAAAUAACUUAUUGUUAUCAGUCCAGGUUCAGAAACUUGUGGUAGGCCAGUUCCAGAUAGUUUCAUUUCACCUGUAAACUGUAUCACUUUUACUGAUAUUGUAAUUUUCAAAUGUAUAAUAUGUUUACAGAUGUGCCCUGCAUUUAGUCUGCCUUGUUCCUAUUUUGAUUUUUGUUGAGUCUCCUGCCUGCUUGCCAAAAGCUAGGAUGCUUCAGGCCCAUGUACAAUUGAAAGCAGAGGCAUCCUUGAGCUUUAAAGCAUUGAACAAACUGGAAAAUACAACAUACCACAUACUGAAGUGAAAAAAGUCUGUGUUUUUGUGUUUUUUAAAUAAAAAAUUUCAAAAAGUUAAAAAAAAAAAGAUACAAGGUUGAUUAAAGGGAAAAAAAGGCUCCAGUUUGUUUUACAGGUUUUAAAGUUCUGCUGUGUGUUCAAUUGCCUUGUGUAACCACUUGUCGCCUUAGGGCCAUAUCCCCCCCCCUUUUUUUUAAUGUCCAUUUUGCUUGCCUGGAAUUUUCUUCUGUCUCACAACUCACAAGAAACUAUAUGGGUUUGUGACAUACAGAGGUUGAAUGCAUAUAUAUUUUAAAAGGAAAAAAUAAAAUAAAAAACAGCCCCCAUCUGAAUUGGGCUUUUUAACUUAGAAGCAACACUUAAAUAAAUAUCUUAGAAAGUUACCGCUAUCUUAAUUUCCUUCCAUAUCCCUCAGGCCUCCACGUUCAGAGAAGCCAAAAAGAGAAUGUAUCCCUUCUCUGUUUGUCCAAAGGUUUUUGAGAGUCUCAUUUCUAAAUAAAACAAUGCAACAUUUCACUUUGAUUUCUUCACCGAAAUUUUCUUGAUUAUAUGGUUAGAGGUAUAUAGUUAGGAAUGUCACUUAACUUUCCGGGAACCUUAGUGCCCUGUUAUAUUAACUGUCAGUAUUUUGGGGGCAUUGGGUUUAAUGGACUUAAUUGCCUAGUCACAAGCAGGACUUUGGGACACAUUUCCUUUGUGCUGUUUGGUAACACUUAACUCUCUACUUGUUGCAAUCUUUUUCUCCUUAGGUCCUCACACAAUUCCUUACAGAGCACUUAUUAAAAAAAAAAAUCUUUAAGAGUUGAUCUGUUUUCUGAUUAUUUUUGUGUAAGCUUCUAAACAAACUUCAGCUGUGAUUAAUUUAGCACAUUUAUAUAACAUUGAUGUGUUACUGUUUGGUAUCAAGAAUUUUCCUUCAACUCGGAGUAUUAGUACUGUAGCAUAAACCAAAUACAGUCUAGAGGGGAUUUUUAACGUCCCUCCAUUGUAAGACUGAAAAAGGGGUAUGUGUGUACAUAUGUAUGUAUUUUGAGUGCUUGUGUGUGAGCAAAAGAUGCAGGUAUUAAGUUAGUAAAUGAAUGUGUGUAAUACAUUAGUAUUCAGAGAAUGAACUUGUAUUUAUUUUGUGCCAUUUGUUUUCAUUACACAGAAUAAAGUCAGGUGGUUUAAAUCCUUAAAAGGGUAGUAUUUGAAAAUGGCACUAAGAAUGAAAUCGACCUAUUUUUUUAAUAGCUAUGAAGAUACUAAUUAUGGGUGAAAUUUUCUUUUUAAAUCUGUCUUGAUUGUUGUAGGCUUCUGUGUCACAUACCACUCCUGUAGAUGUCUUGAAUAAUCCCCCAUUCCCACAAAAGACAGGGUGUGUUUAUCUUUCUCUUUAUUUGCUUCCACUUUGCUAAACUGAAUUUAAUUGCCUAGCCAGUCCUCUAACUUCUUUAGUAAUGAACCUUCACAUAAAGUAUAUUUAUAGCAUUUAUAGUAGCCUUUCUUCCUCUGCUUUCUAGAUGGUGAUAGCUAAUAAUUAGGAAUUUAUUAAUGACAGUUUGAUUUUUUUUUUUUCCCUGAAAUAGCUGGAGAGUUUCCAUUUUAGAAUUUUGCUGUCUUCCUCAAUCAUCUGCUUAUCUAGUCAUCACUCAGUCUACAAAAACUUUAGAAAGGAAAAGUGCUGCAUUAAAACAGUUUUUAGGGAAAAUAUGACAAACCUCAACUGUGGGAGUUAUCCAGUAUGAAAUGUUUCUUCACAAAACAUACAUAGGAGCAGUAGUUUCAUACUUGGUUGUUAGACUUGUUGCUUAUCCACAUCAGAGGCAUCUAAUGGUUCAUUUGUAAUUUCUGUAAGCUUUUUUAAACACAGAAAAGCCAUUUAGUGUGAAAUUAUAUGUCAUCUCCAAAACAGCCACUAGCAAGGAAAUUGAAAGAGGACUUUAUUCAACUUUAAAUUCCACUAAAUAAGGAGGGAGUCAUUCUUGCAAGGCUCUGUAAGGAUUAUGGGUAUAGUUAAGCCACUGGGCCAGUUACUCCAAUAACACAUUCUUCUUGUAUAUGUAUGCUAACUGCAGUACAGGUAUGCUAUAGUGAGACACAUAUAGAAUGCAUAAUAGUUAUUAUGAUCAGGUUUGUUGAUGUUGUACCAGUCAAGGUAGUUUCUGAUAAUGUCUUUUAAUAGUCCUACCUGUGAUUUAACUGUUCAUUUUAAAGAAAAGGUAGUAUCUGCUGUUCAAAUGCCCUCCCCCAAAGUAUUGAUAUGUGUUUAAAAGGGAGGGGCAAAGGACAAGACUAGAAGCAUAAAUAGCUACUCUAGGUUUGCCCAAGACACGUAUGUUAGCAUUAGUUCUUAAUAUUGAUGUAAUUUUUUGUUAAUGUAAUAAAUCCACAGAGCACCAAGAUUCUUUUAUGGUAAAAAGAUGGGCUUCUACUUUGAUUCUGUUCAGAUACAUAAGAACCAAGCCCACCCUUGGUUGAUUUAAAAAAUGAUGAAUAGUUCACUCCUUUCAAAAGCACUGUUUUAUUGGGUUUUAAAUGAAAUUUCCCCAUGUUUUGCUGCUCAAGAAAGUAAAGGAUGCCAGCAAUAGUAUGAAUAGAGUUUUAUGUUGUCUGUAAUAAAAACACCCAAUGAAGCGUGAAUGGUAUAUUGCUUCUGCAUUAGUGGGAAUGUCAAAUAGCAGUUAGAGGCUAGAAACUACCGGAACAACCAUCUUCAUAUGUGUUGGGGUUCCUGAUUCCAACUACCCUGUUCAUCUAUAAAAUUUUGUUAUGUCCAGAGUUCUAAGCCAUUUUAUAAUAACUGCAGUAUCCCUUUUCUACAGCCUUAUUAAAAUAACUACAAACAUUUAUUUUCCAGUUUGGUUUUAUUUAAACUGUGUAUCAGAGUUGUACUCUGGAGACCAACAAACCAACUUGAGAUAAAUUAUAUAGCUAUCCAUAUACUCAUCCCCCCCCCCCCCGGUGCUAAUCAAAGGCUCCAAAAAUGGAUACUGUUUUAAUAGCAUCUGCUUUAUUCUUAAAAUGCUUAAUUUUGUUAGAUGUAAAGAUUUCGUGUUAACAAAAGUGGUUUUAGUGUGUAAAUAUGAAUGAAUACCUUUAGUUUACCCAUUUGUCUAUUAUUAGUCUUUUUUCAUUUAUCCUUAAUAGAGGAUCCUUUUAUGAUCUUGAUACAUUUCGCUAAGUAUUAUUGCAUUUUAGAAUGAAAAUACAACAGUUUUCUGUCUUAGAUUAAUUCUGCUGCUGCUAUGAGAAACUGAGAAUCAAGAAUGUGAUGCACUUUUUACAUUACUAUAUACCAUACAUGUACUAUAGGUUGCUUUGAUACCUUUCCUGUAGCACAGCCACUAACAAAAGUGAGUGAAUUUUAAAAUUCUCUUUGGGAGGGAAUCAGUACAAGUAACUCAUCCAUAGUUGGUGUUGGCCUAUGAAGGACAAUAACUUAGGAAAAUAAAAAUUCUAUUAAUAUUACACUUUUUGGCCUUAAUGUCUUCUACUACUGAAAAUAUUUUAAAUCUUAACUUUAUUUCUAUUACUCCCUCUGUCUCAAGAAGAGGAAUUUGGAAAGAAUGGCUUAAAGGAAGUAGUAUCAUUGGUUUGUUGCUGAUCUUUUAGAAAGAAAACAUUUGUUUAUAUAAGCUGGAGACUUUUUUUUUUUUUUUGGUUUAUAUACAGAGGAGAAAUAAUGCUGCCCUGAACCAAUCAGAUUUAACUUAAUCAAGUCAAUCAAAACUGCAACUAUUCUGUUUCUGUAGUAUGUUUUUACUUAGCAAAGGUAAACUUUAAGUAUAGUAGGAAUGCUACUUGACAAUAGGAAAAGUCAGUUUUCAAGCACAUACCCAAACUUGAAGGAGAUUGAACCCAAAGUAAUGGGGGAUAAAACAACAAAUGAGGUGGAGGAAUAUGAGAAAGAUGUACGGUCCAAAGCUAUCUGGUUAUAUUUUGAUGUUGCCAAUAUUGCAAAGCCAAAAUUUUAAUUUGCUUAUUUAAUAUAUUUGUUGGCCAGAGAUCUAUUUUUAUAUCAAUGUGCCUUGCAUGUAUAUUUUAAAAAAAAAUUGGAAAGGCCAUGUAGUAAUGCCUGAGAUAGUUUGAUGGUUCUUACCACCUCACUAAUUUUUAUGCAGUAUGAAAUGCUCAUUCUAUCGCCCAAUUGGUGCUCUCUGUUUAAAGUUAUAGAUCUUGUCAAACUGGAACUAUUUUAUAAACUGGGGAAGUGAUUUACUCUUUUUUGUUUCUUUUUUUGUUUUGUUUUUGUUUUUGUUGUUCUUAGUCUGUUAGUGGCUGUUAAGUAGUGGGAAAUAGUAAAAGGAUUCUUCACUCCCUUUUCUUCCCCCCUCAGCACCUUCAGGUAAUGUGAUGACACCAUUUCUUGUGUGCUUUGAAAAAGUUUCAGCUUGCUGUCUCCUUUAGUGUUAUUUUUAAAAGUGUUAUAAAAAGCAUUGUUUGCAAAACCUAGGGAGAUAAUGGAGUCCACUUUUAAUUUGAAAUUCUGUGUGAGCUAUGAUCCAAGUUAUUGGCUCUUUCCAACUUUAAAAUUUUUUAUUGUUAAAGCACCUUGCUUAGAAAUUUUUAAAUAUUUAUGUCUGCAACAAUUGUCUCAAAAUAAUAAACUGUGCAAUUCUUGUCAUUAAAAAAAAAAAAAAAGAACUGAACUCUCCCUAAUGUGACUUGUUAGUUUUUCUGUAUUUCCUGCCAGUGUAAAUGUGAAAAGCUUUGCUUGCAUUACGUUUUAGAAAUGCAUUUUGCACACUCGAAUUUUGCUGAAGCUCCGUGAAAAGGUUAGAUCUAAGUAGAUGAAUAAAGCUAUGCACAUGUUUUGAAAGUUUAA